UGAACAUGUAUUCUUGCUUUCACCUAGUGAUGUUGAGUCUCCUCUGGUCUCUGGUGGAGGUCCACUCUCAGACCUUUCCUUAUGUAUCCUUCAUGAGUCAGAUUUCUCUGGCCAACAAUUCCUAUGUGGACAUCAGUCUAGUGGGAAGACCUGAAGAUGGUGGUGACAGUGUUCAGUGUCAUACUGACCUGGGCACAUGUUGUGGUCCGGUUGAUGGUUCUCAUCGUGGAGACUGGUAUUUCCCUGACGGAACUAUACUGGGUUUCUCUGGAAAUGGUGAUAUCUAUGAACAACGUGUAUCUCAGAGAGUUGACCUACGUCGUAGGAACAAUGCUAACUCACCAACUGGCAUCUAUCGCUGUGAUAUUCCAACUAAUGCUGUCCAUCAUGCCACUGACAUCUCAGUGAGAGACACAGUCUAUGUGGGACUGUAUCCUGCCAGUGGAGGAACUGUUUCAAUAUCUGGAGGAGUGACAUUUGACUCCGACCAGCUGACCCUCACCUGUAUCUCCACUGGUGGACCUGCUACCACUGUCACUUGGACCAGAGACUCCACCACUGUCACCCAAGGAACCCAAACUGUGUUGAAUGACCCAGUGACUGCACAGUACACCCACACUCUGACUGUGGCUGGGAGACUGGGAGGACUGUACAGAUGUACUGUGAGCAACAAUAAACCAUCUGUGGUCUCUAAAACCUUCACUGUCAGAGUUGCCUCAGCUCCUACUAACCUGGUGUUUGAGGUUCAAAGUGAUGGUACUAGUGUCCUACUGACCUGGACCCCACCUGAUCCACUGGGAGACACCACUGGCUACAGGAUCUCCUUCACCGGAGGAGGCAGCAGUGGUAGUGUAGAUGUCAGUGGUGGAUCUACCAACAGCUACACUCUGACUGGUCUUAUAAGAGGGGAGACGUAUGACAUAUCGAUUGUAGGCACAUCAGAUCACAUCUCCAGUGAGAGUGUGGAGUUGAGUGUCACUCUAGUUCAUGGUCUGACUGGAGGAGAGAGAAAAGAAGAGAACAUAACUUAUCCUUCAAGUAAAGUAUUGUUUUUUUUGAAGGGCCAUAUUUGACGGUGGAAGUGGUAAUGAUGGGAGUCAGCUCCAUUUCCCUGUCAUGGAGUGUUGCUGGAGACACAGUGGUGGAUUCAGAGGUGGUGUGGCGAGCUAUCAGUGGCCCUGGAGACAGAGAUUCCAGCGGCUCCAUCACAUCCACCAGCUACACCAUACCUGACCUCCAGAAACUCUCUGUCUUCAGUGUCACUGUUACCGUCCGCACAUCGUCCUCGGGCGAUUUCAGUGAAUCUGUCAUUGCCUUCACAGUUCCUGCAUGUGGAAGCAGUGGAUCAUCAUCAUCGGUAGCAGUAGCUGCUCUUGGUGGUGUGUUGGGAGUGGUGAUUGUGACUGCUAUAGCAGUGCAGGUUAUGGUGAUAGUCUUUUUCAUGAAGAAACUCCAAAGAGCUGAAGAAUACACUGCCACUCUUGCUGCACGACUAAAAAGAGGACCUCCCGAGUCACUCAAGACCACCAGCAACGUGGCAUACAGUGUAGUGAGAGGAGAAACUGAUGAUGCAUAUGAGACUGUGAUGUCUUAACUUUUCACUUCUCACCCUCACUCCACAACCUAUAUAAUUAUACAUAUUCCACUUAUAAAAGUUAUCCUUUUUGUUUAUACUUGCAUUGUAGCUAAGUUUGUGUACACAUGCUUUAUUUGACCAAACA